AUGAUAUUGAGCCUUUUCCCUACAUAUUAUCUCUCUUUCCAGGUCUAUGUUCUUAUUGUCUGGAAAUACCCAACGGCCACUCUUCUCAAUUCAUCAUUUGUUCUACCAUUAUACCCAUCCAUUCCAAUUGUGAAACUAGGCAUGUUCACCAUGCGCGGUAUACUCAUUACUUUCCUCCUUACCUGGCUGCUAUCUCUUUCUACCUAUGCUAGCGGCGCCGAUGAUGAGCUUAAGGACAAUAAAGUAUCUCACGUUUUCGAGCGCAUAUGGCUGUGGGAGAUGUAUGACUUCAUCUGCGAAGUUGACACCCCCGAAGGACAGAAACUGCUCUUCCCUAUUGACAAAACAGUUGACCGGUGGAGGCACAAUGUUGGCUCACAAAGGGAUAAAAGAUUAACAUACGCCCAGUUCCAGAAACGAUUGCAGGAAGGAGGAAAUCCUCAAGGCGGCGCACUACCUAUGAUAAACUCACCGGCAGAGGGAGACCCUUUCAGGUCAGCCAGACAGCUCCUAGACCUAGGAUGGGAUGGCAAAUUUUCACUGAAAGAGGUAGCUCCAAGGGUAAAAGAUGUGACAUACAGAGGCCUCAUAGCCGUGACUGAGCAAUAUUAUUCACAAUAUCGUAUCGAUCUGGAGAAGCAGCCAUGGGGCAGUGCAAAUGAUCCGGUCCGUAUCGCGCGCAUUGCGACCAUUACCGAGGCGAUCAGGACCCUUCGCUAUCAGGAUAGACACCAGUACAUCACUGAUACCGUUACAUCGAAGAAAAUCGGAGGGCUCGGGUUGGCGAAGGUGGUGGCAGAAAAACUCCCGACGGCACUGACAUAUGAAGGCAGCCCACUAGGUCCCGAAUACUACGAACGGACAGAUUGGCAAAAGACUUACAACGCAAACUGCAUAGGCGGAGAUGAUUCAAAGCCAGGUCCAGAGUUAAGAGCUAUAGGAGUCACAGAGAAUAAGAAGUUUAAGGAGAUAAUGUUUAACUUUGGUAAAGAGAAUGAUAAGGACUCCUCUGCAAAAGACAAGAACCAUCUUCGCACCCUCAAUCUCUGGAAUGACGUUCAAAAAAAAGCCCAUAAGUCGGUGGAAGAACUCAUACAGUGCAAGUGA